AGCCGGUGGCGGUGACGGCGGAGGAGCUGGCGCGGUGCGAUGGCGGCGGGUGGCGGGCUGCUGCUGUUGCGGGCGUUGGGAUUCGCCGUUCUCCUGUUGCCGGUGGAGCCCCGCGGGCCGCCCAGCGUGGCGGAACGACGCUGCUUCUGCCAGGUUACUGGUCAUUUAGAUGACUGCACCUGUGAUGUAGAAACCAUUGAUGCCUUCAACAACUACAAGCUUUUUCCUAGACUGAAUGAACUUCUGGAAAGUGACUAUUUUAGAUACUACAAGGUAAACUUAAAGAAACCUUGUCCUUUUUGGAAUGACAACAGUCACUGUGGAAUAAGAGACUGUGCCGUAAAGCCCUGCCCAUCUGAUGAAGUCCCUGAUGGAAUCAGAUCUGGAAGUUACAAGUAUUCAGAAGAAGCCAGUAACCUUGCUGAAGAAUGUGAAGAAGCCAAGAGGCUCGGAGCUGUUGAUGGCUCUCUGAGCAAGGAAACCCAGCAGGCCGUGCUCCGGUGGAGUCGGCACGAUGACUCUUCAGACAGCUUCUGCGAAGCUGAUGAUAUCUCUUCUCCCGACGCGGAGUACGUGGAUUUACUCUUGAAUCCAGAACGCUAUACUGGCUACAAAGGGCCGGACGCCUGGAAAAUUUGGAACAGUAUUUAUGAAGAAAACUGCUUCAAGCCUCAGAAUGUAAAAAGACCUUUGGCAUCUGGUAGAGAUGACGGAGGGCAUAUGUUUUACAAGUGGCUGCAAGGUGUCUGUGUAGAGAAGCGAGCUUUCUACAGACUUGUUUCUGGUCUCCAUGCAAGCAUCAACAUCCAUUUGAGUGCCAGGUACCUUUUACAAGAUACGUGGUCAGAGAAGAAAUGGGGCCCCAACGUUACAGAGUUCCGGCAGAGAUUUGAUGAAGUCAUCACCAGAGGGGAAGGUCCCAGAAGACUCAAGAACCUGUAUUUUCUCUACCUGAUAGAGCUGCGGGCCCUAUCCAAAGUGCUGCCGUUCUUUGAGCGCCCGGCGUUCCAGCUGUACACGGGGAAUAAAAGUCACGAUGCGGAAAUGAAAAACCUAUUGCUGGAAAUUCUCCAUCUGGCCAAGUAAUUACAUUCAGUACCCGGGGAGAAUGGCUCUUUUGACCCUGGCAUCUCUGAGCAUGCUUAACCUUUCGCUUAAAGCCCCUGGAAAAGCAGGUUCUGGGGUCGUAUUCAUAGUGGGAUAGUGU